AGUAAGCAGAUAUUAGACUUAGAUUAUUGUUAGUUUGUUAAAGUUUCUUUACAAAAUCUUACACUUUUGAGGUGGAUAUGAUUUUAUGGAGAAUGAAAACUCUUAUGAACAUUCUGUGUCUUUUUGUAGUUUUCAGUGUUGUGUCGUUGAAGUCUGAUAAUGUUUAUGAGGGUACAGUGGGUGAAAAGGUGGAGAUCAGAUGUCCAUAUUCAAAUGAUUACAAAUAUAUGCCCAAAUUCCUUUGCCGGGAUCCCUGUGGAUCAUCAGGGCAUGUUUUGAUUAAAAGUGAAAAGACUGACCAGGUCGUCUCUGAUGGAAGAUACUCUUUGAUCGACACUGUGAGUUCAAGGUCCUUCACUGUAACCAUCAGUGAUCUCAGACUCAAAGACUCUGGUGUUUAUUAUUGUGGAGUUGACAAAUGGUUCAGAGACAAAUUGAAUAAAGUGAAUCUGUCUGUUCGUCAAGCAGCUCCUGUGAACAGACCUUCACACACCUCUGAAAAGACAAUUACAACAUCUACAUGGACAACAACAACACUCACCUCUACAGAUAAAGGUUCAUCCAGUCAACAAAAAAAAGAUUUUUUCUGUACUAUUUGAUAAAAUUUGAGUUUUAAAAAGAGUAGUUUGUUCUUAAGGUUAGACACAUACAGACAAAAACCUGUUUUCACACAUCAUUUUUUUCCCCCGCUUGUCAUAAAGUGUUUUUUUAGACUAGUGGAAAGAGUCAUAGAUAAUUUAACCUUUAAGUGUUUCUUUUAGAGCACUUCAUCUUUUUGCUUAUAGAUUUUAAUCAAAGUAUCUUUAAAUGCCAUUUUCUCAAAAUUAGUUUUAUUCUUAGAAAUCUCCACUUUAGUAGCACAGCACUGACAUACACUAAACUUUACAGUUAAAUUCCAAUAUUCCAAAUAUAUAACCUUAUUACAAUAAGGUUUUAACAGAGGGGUUUGUUCAUAUGUAAUUCGUCUGAUUUAAACAUAACAUCAGAAAACUUGUAAUACAAAAAAAAAUGUUUGCAAUUCUCAAUGUAAUCAAUCAACUGAUGAAGUAUGGUGAUAUAUUACUUAAAUUGUGUUUACCCUAUUCACCUGUGGUUGCCUAUAAAAAAAGGUUUACUCUAUAUACAAGCAAUACUGAUAUUUUGUCUCUCACAGAAAAUUCUCAAUCAUAUGAACUGUUACAGUCCCAUCAUCAGCUUCCACUCCUUUAAUCAAUGCAAUUUAUCGUUAUUUGGUAAUUUAUUAAUUUUUCCUUACACUAGCUUACUGGUCAGGGCACACAUAUUACAGCAUUGUGAAACAAUGUAUAAUCUUUUUCUUAUUAUUCCUGUAAAUGUGAAUGCAGUUUGUGCAGGGGUUUUGUCAUUCCUCAUUUUCAGGAUUCUUGUGGCUUUAGUGUUUAUCUACAGGAAAGGAUCAGAUGCAAAGUUCAGAUGUACAAUCACAAGCAAGACUUCAACUUCAUCAAUGUAAUAAUAAUAGAAAGCUGAUAGUAAUACAAUACUUUAUAAAAAAAAAUUUAACCUCAAGCAGCCAUGUUUAUAAUGCUUCCUCUGUGAUGAAUCUUA